AUGGCGUUCCUCAAGCCUGGAGCGCUGUCCCCUGCCGCCUUCGGCCUCUCCUUCGACACAGACGCAGAAGAAAACGCCCCGCCCCCGCCCCACUACAACAAAAACGACCGCCUGUCCAUCCGCGACCAGCGCCGGGCCCUGCCAAUCUCCGCCCUGCGCUCCGAGCUGCUCUAUUCGAUCGAAUCGCACGGGGUCACGGUGGUCGUGGGGGAGACGGGAUGCGGCAAGAGCACCCAGAUCCCGCAGUACCUGGUGGAGGCGGGGUGGGCGGAGGGGGGCAGGAUGGUGGGCUGCACGCAGCCGCGGCGGGUGGCGGCGAUGGCGGUGGCGGGAAGAGUGGCCGAGGAGAUGGGGUGCAGGCUUGGAGAUGAAGUUGGGUAUUCCAUCCGAUUCGAGGACGUCUCCACACCGGGAGUGACUCGUAUCAAGUUCAUGACGGACGGCAUGCUCCUUCGACAAAUGUUGGAUGACCCCCUACUGACAAAGUACAGUGUCAUAAUUGUCGAUGAAGCUCAUGAGAGGAGUUUAGCAUCAGAUGUCCUUCUUGGUUUGUUGAAAAAGAUACAAGCUCGUCGACAGGACUUGCGACUAGUCAUCGCAUCCGCCACGCUGGAGGCGGAGAGGCUGGCGCAGUACUUUGACACUCGAACGGUCCGGGUGCCCGGGCAGGAGAUCUGGGACUACAAGGCGCCUGUCAUCAUUUCCGUAACGGGGCGAUCAUAUCCUGUGCAGGUUUUCUACAAUGAGCACCCGGCGGCAAAUUAUGUGGAAGCUGCAGUCGAGACAGCUGUGGAGAUCCACAAGAGGAAUGAGCCCGGCGACAUUUUGAUAUUCAUGACCGGGGAAGAUGAAUGCGAAGCUGCCGUGAAGCUGCUCAGGGAGGAAGCCAGACACCUGGCGCAAGCGAGGCUGUCGCUGAAACUGCAGCCAGUCGCUCUGUACUCAGGCCUCCCCGGGUACUACCAAAUGCAAGCACUCCAGCCCCCGCAGAGGGGCCACCGCAAGGUGGUCGUGGCGACGAACAUUGCAGAAACUUCGGUGACCAUCGAGGGAGUGGUUUACGUAAUCGACUCUUGUUACAUGAAGACAAGGUGUUACAACCCCAUCAACGGACUUGACUCCCUCAUAGUCACGCCAAUUUCAAAGGCGUCAGCCGCGCAGAGGGCCGGGCGAGCAGGAAGGGUGCGGCCAGGCUACUGUUUCCGACUGUGCAUGGAGGACGACUUCGACACUCUGAUGGCUGCCAGCGUCCCCGAGAUUCAACGGAGCGACCUUGCGGGUGUGGUAUUGCAGCUCAAGGCGCUGGGGAUCGAGAAUAUCAUGCGGUUCAAAUUUCUCGACGCCCCAGCGGCGGAGGCGGUCAUCCGAUCCCUCGAGCUGCUGCACGCGCUGGGGGCGCUGGACGAAGACGCCAGGUUGACGCGCCCCACUGGCUUGAUGAUGUCCGAGCUGCCCCUCGAGCCGACCCUGUCGAAGGCGCUGCUGGCGGCGGCGGAGUUCGGAUGCACCGAGGAGGCGACGACCAUCGCCUCGAUUCUGAGCAUCCGCAGCGUGUGGACGACGAUGCGGGGGGAGAUCAAGGCGCUGGAGAGGGCCAAGAAACGAUUCUCGGUGGCCGAGGGCGACCUCAAUACCUACUUGAACGUGCACCGCGCAUGGGAGCAGGAGGGCAGGUCGCGGCAGUGGUGUGAGAAGAACUUCGUGAGCCACAGGGCGCUGCUGCGAGCGUCGGACAUCAGGGGGUCAGUUGCCGCCAACGCCAUGAUCUGCGGGGUUUCUUGUCCUGCCGGCGUUGCCAUUGUUGUUGGCGACAUAUUUGUUUUUCGGCGGCAUGUUUGUAUGAAUGCUUCUGCCGUUCGGGUGGAGCUCUGUUGUCAAAGGCAGCUGGUCAGCCACCUUCGCAGGAUUGGCGUGCCAAUGACUUCGCGCGGUAAGGACAUGGAGCCCGUUCAGAGGGCCUUCGCGUGGGGCUGGUGCAUGAACGCCGUGCAGUAUCAAGGCAUGGAUGUGAGCGCCAUGGGCCACGAGACGCGCGUGUACAGACUCACGAGGGCCGCGUCGGGAGGUGAGUGA